CUGUUAGUAUAAGUGUUGGGUGGGGUAAAAAAGAAACACAAUUCCAUGGAUCAGAAGGAAAAACUGCAGCUCAAAGAGUAGUUGAUACAUCUAAUUUUACCCUAUCGGAAGAUGAUGACUUUCAUCCACGUGUAUCUUGGUGUGGCGACGGUAGCAUGUUUUGUUGCUCUGUUGUCGAUACCAACAAAGGGCUUCGAGUAAUACGUGUAUAUAACAGAGAAGGAAUAUUGCAGUCUACAAGUGAGCCUGUCGAUAAAUUAGGACAUGCUCUUUCAUGGAGACCAGCAGGUAAUUUAAUAGCCUCAAAUCAGAAAUCGUCAGAUAAACAUGAAAUAUGUUUUUUUGAAAAAAAUGGAUUGCGGCAUGGCGAAUUUUCUUUACGUGAAAUUAAGAAUCACAAAAUAGUCGAAAUUUUAUGGAAUUGUGAUUCUACUAUAUUGGCCGUAUGGUUGGAGAGAGAAAUAUCGAAUGAA